CUGCUGCUGCUGCUCAGAGGACAGAGCAGCUCCCCUUCCAGUCCUGCCUCCUUGAUCCUGCCACUCAGCUCCUCUUAAGUGGUGCUACCUUGGCCAGCCUUCCUACCACUGGACUAGGAAGAAAAGACCGACUUCGCCAUGUCGAUGGAGAAGAUUCAUGCUCGUGAGAUCCUCGACUCUCGUGGGAAUCCCACUGUUGAGGUGGAUUUGUACACAGGAAAAGGGAUGUUCCGGGCAGCGGUGCCCAGCGGUGCCUCCACUGGGAUUUAUGAGGCCCUGGAGUUGCGUGACAACGAUAAAUCCCGAUUCCUUGGGAAAGGGGUGCUGCAGGCGGUGGAGCACAUCAACAACACUAUUGCUCCUGCUCUCGUGAGCUCUGGCCUGGCGGUGGAGGAGCAGGAGAAGAUAGACAACUUCAUGCUGGAGCUGGAUGGGACCGAGAAUAAAUCUAACUUUGGAGCCAAUGCUAUCCUGGGCGUUUCCCUGGCUGUUUGCAAAGCGGCGGCUGCCGAGAAGGAGGUCCCUCUGUACCGACAUAUUGCUGACCUCGCUGGAAAUUCGGAUUUGAUCCUGCCAGUCCCUGCCUUCAAUGUGAUCAACGGGGGCUCCCAUGCUGGGAACAAGCUGGCCAUGCAGGAGUUUAUGAUUUUGCCAGUUGGAGCAGAGAGCUUCCGGGAUGCCAUGCGCAUUGGUGCUGAGGUCUACCACAAUCUCAAGAGCGUCAUCAAGGACAAGUAUGGAAAAGAUGCCACCAAUGUGGGAGAUGAAGGAGGUUUUGCCCCAAACAUCCUGGAGAACAGUGAAGCAUUGGAACUCCUGAAAGAAGCCAUUGAGAAAGCUGGCUACACUGACAAGAUUGUGAUUGGCAUGGAUGUUGCUGCUUCAGAAUUCUACAGAGAUGGCAAAUACGACUUGGACUUCAAAUCCCCUGACGACCCCAGCCGCUAUAUCUCUGCCGAUGAGCUGGGGGACCUCUAUCAGAGCUUUGUUCGGGACUAUCCAGUGGUGUCAAUUGAGGACCCCUUUGAUCAAGAUGACUGGGAGGCCUGGUCCAAGUUCACAGCAAACGUAGGGAUUCAGAUAGUAGGGGAUGACCUGACAGUCACCAACCCUAAACGCAUUGAGCGAGCUGUUGAAGAGAAGGCCUGCAACUGCCUCCUGCUUAAGGUUAACCAGAUUGGAUCCGUUACUGAAGCCAUUCAGGCCUGUAAACUGGCCCAGGAGAAUGGAUGGGGUGUGAUGGUGAGUCACCGAUCAGGGGAGACUGAAGACACCUUCAUUGCUGACCUAGUGGUUGGACUCUGUACUGGUCAGAUAAAGACUGGAGCACCAUGCAGGUCUGAACGACUUGCAAAAUAUAAUCAGCUAAUGAGGAUUGAGGAGGAGCUUGGCGACGAAGCCCGUUUUGCUGGGCACAACUUCCGCAACCCAAGUGUCCUAUAAGCACUGCCCUUUCCGCAUUCUAGCUUGCCUGCUGAUCCCCUGUGCACAGACUCUGGCAAAGUGCCCCUUAGGCCGUGCCCUCCAUUUCUGCUGCUCCUCGCUUCCCUGCUCCCACGCAGCUACCAGAUCUCUGCUCCUCAGCCUCCCCCACUGGAAUUACCUAAGAUAUGUUGAGAAUGGCGCUUCCCUCUACCCUCCACGGUUGCAGUGCUACAAGCCGGCUUUUGCGUGUGUUGUGCAGUAUCUGCUCUCUGGGCUUGCUUCAGUCAUCAAUGUAUCCAAGUGUAAAAUGGCAUGAACACACUUGCUGGGGGAGGUGGCUCAUACCUGGGGACUGAAGGGCUGUCUUUAGAUCAGAAUGACAGUUGUGUUUGCAUAUUGAUGCAGGACUGUGUGUUUUCGUGUUGUUGUCACUUGAAAAAAAUGUUAGGUGCUAUGGUUUGCUCUUGGUUAUGAGUUUGUGUUUAACUCUCUGUGCUGCAUUCUGUCCAUAGCUGGUUGCUUUUUGUGUAUACAUGUGUGUGAGUGCGCGCGUAUGGGUGUCCAGGUAUGGGUGUCCUUACCUGUCCCUGCCCAGUUUCAAUUAUUUUCAAAAUCAAGUAUAGUGUGAUGUGUGUGUGUGCAUUGUAGUAUCCGAGUCUGAGGUUAAGGUGCAUUUGAUCUGAAAGUUGCAUUGCAUUGCUUUGUGUUUUUCUGAAGCACAAGUGCAAAGAGUGCUGCUACAGACAUAUUGGGUCACUGGGCUAUGCUUUGUGGGGUGUUGUGGGUCAGCACUUUUGUGGGCACGUUGUUGCAGUCAGCAGCCUGCUCAGAUCCCUCCUUCUCCCAUUGCCCUUCUGGAUGUUUGGCCACCUGCCACUCUCCUCCUCGUCGCCCCCUCAUCUCUCACUUCACUUCUGCUUUGACCUCCAGAUGUUUCACUCUCAAUUCAGCAACAGUGACAAGUAAUAGGAAAGAAACCAGCUCCCAAGACAAUCUACCAACAGACAAACCCUCAAUUAAAUUUUGAUUCUCACCUGA